GCCAUCACCGCCGAACGCGUUCUCAAAAGAGCCCACUGCGGGUCACAGCGAAGAGCCGCCAUGGAUCCGGUCCUCCGACGCUGUCGUGCGCUCUUCUUCCUCCUCUUCUUGUUCCUUCUGAACGCCUCCCUUCGAACAAACGCCGACGUGCUCACCCUCACGGCAGAGUCCUUCACGGACAAGGUAAAGGAGAAGGACACUGUGUGGUUUGUGCGGUUCUGUGUUCCUUGGUGUAAACACUGUAAGAACUUGGGAACACUCUGGGAAGACCUAGGAAGGGCUGUUGAAGGCGAAGAUGAAAUAGAGAUAGGACAAGUCGAUUGCAGUUUAAGCAAACCAUUAUGCUCCCAGCUCAACAUCCAUUCAUACCCGACAUUUAAGAUUUUUUAUGAUGGAGAAGAAUUUGCGAAAUACAAAGGUCCAAGAGAUGUUGAGUCACUAAAAGCAUUCGUCUUGAAUGAGGCAGAGAAAGCAGCACGCACGAAGCUUGACGCUGAUAUUUGAUGGUGCAUAUGCUGAAAAUUUCUGAUGCCCUGGUGUCUAUUCUUACCAAAAUAGUGCAGGAAAACUGGUUGUUCUUUUGAUGAUAACCAAGCAUGCAUCUUCACAAACUUGUGGUGUUUUAUUUACCAAAAAAAUCUAGAUAAUCUUAUCAUAUCGGUUUAGAUCAAUUUGGCUUUCUUUGUAGCGAAUGUCAAGAAAAAAAAAAAAAUCUGCGCAAUUACUGGGAAGGGAGAUCUUCUUCUUAAUGAGACAUUGUGUAUUAAUAUUUCAGGUUUGAGAGAAGCAUUUGCGAUCAAUAUAUGCCCAAUUAUCAGAGUA